CACACUAACACACACUCAUUCUUUCUCAAAGGUUCCUAUAAAAAUGAAACUUUUCAAAUUCCAAAUGCACAAACUGCAUUUGCCCGAACACAUUCUCUCAAAAUUCAGAAAUCCACAUUUCAUUACCGUUAAUCUUCCUCACUCCCACACUCAAAAUUCAAAAAAUUGUCGGAGAUGAAAUCGGCGACGAUGAUGAUGAUGAGAGAGAAGGGAAAGUUCAUCUAUAAAUUAUACAGAGCAGUAACCUUUUCUCUAACUCCAUUAAUCCACCUUCAUCUCCGAUUUCGCAAAUUCCGAGGUCUAGAACAUUCUCUUCGAUGGCCGGAGCGUCUCGGCCGCCCUUCUCUCAACCGCCCUCCUGGUCCACUUCUCUGGUUUCACGCCGUUUCUCUAGGAGAAGGAAUGGCGGCGAUUCCGGUGAUUCGACGUUGUUUGACAGAACGACCUGAUAUUAACAUUCUUAUGACUACUACUACACUUGCUGCAUUUGAGGUUUUGAAACACAAGCUCCCUCUAACCAUAAUCUAUCAGGUAUAUCUUUUUAUCCAUAGUUUCAUAUGUGCUUUGUUAUGUUUUAGAUGGAUGCCUUAA